UAUUAUGGUAUAGUUUGUGCCCAAACGAAGAAUAUUAAAUUAAAUACAGAACGUCGCGUAACAUUCAUUUAAUUGUCAUUGCUCUGUCUCGUUGAAAAUUUACUGAAUAUUUUCGAAAACAUCAUAUACGAAUCUUUUAAUAAAAUGUUUCGGUUACGCUCCAUAAUUUCAGCCGCCACACGCUCAAGGGGUUUGUUGAAAGUGUUACAGCCUAUGCCAAUUACAAAGCAUAGAAUGCAUAGCGAAGGACCACCCCAACCAUUUGACAAUUUACCAUUUCGAGUAAUAAAUCGUUACGCAGCAACAUUAUUCUUCGCGGUGGUCUAUGGUGUUGGAUUAUGGGCCCCGUUUUUAAUAGUUUGGUAUUCAAUGGCCAAAAAGACUUUGUAAUACUUGAUUGAUACCUAAUUUAUUUUUUGAACUGUUAUUAGUUCAACGCUAAUUUAAUUUAAUAGUACCUAUGUGAUAUCUAUCGGUUUAACACGCUAGUGUUUUAUGUCACGUAUCGUAUAGUUUCGUCCUGCUGCGUCGCGUAGUAGUAUUUCACGACACGCGAAAAUAAUACUAUACCGUGUGUUGUAUGGUUCGUAUCGCAUCAUUCAACGAUAACAUCAACUUGAGGACGAACUUGUGAGCUUAAAAAAUGACAAACGAGUUGUAUCUUUUCGAAUCUUUUCUUGAUUACCGGUGCAAAAUUAAAUCAUUUUAUUAAAGCCGCAUUUUUACUAGGACACAUUACGCCCUACAUGCUAUGUUUUAGCAACUAUGUUACAAUGUCGCUCGACAUUUUCUUUCUUCACAUUCGCAAGUCGUGAUCAACAUUACUGAGGCUGAGGAGGUAGUGAUGUUCACAGCCGAAAUACCGAGGGGUCACUCGCGACAGUAACAAGUUGCUCGAUCCGUGCCUUAUGCCUUUGCGAUACCGAGCGACAACGCAUGGAACUUUCGUAUCGAGCGAAAUACUUAGUUGCAGAACCGAUGAUGAAAAUGCGGCUUAAUUCUUCAAAUUACAAUAAAUUCUUAGUAUUUUUUUCAUUUUUAUUUUAUCUGAUGAUUGUGUGUCAGAUUGAAUCUAUUUAACUAAAUUUAUAUCUAGGUAAACAAGUUCCUAUCGGAUAAAUAUCAUUGACGCACAAGAUAUUGUACCAAGAUAUUAAAAUAAACGAAAUAAAAAAUAUAGUACAGUAAUUAAGGUCUUUUUAUUCAUGUAGAAUACCUACCUUUUUUGUGAGGGGAAAAUCAUCAAAUGGUUU